AUGAACGAGAAACCUGAUCCAGCUGACAGCAGCCCUCGGGAGGCUGGGGGCAUCAUUACCAACACCCUCGAGAGCUCCCAGACGCCGGAGACUGUGAUGGAAUCGCCAACGUCCACCGACAAAAACCCAGAGGCGCACACGUUCAACGAGCAGACAAAUUACGUGUCGAAGGUCAAGGUCAUCACGAUUUUCCUGGCAUGCGCCAGCGUGGACCUGGUAGCGCUCAUGGACCAGACCACCCUGGCAGCUAGCUUGUCUAUUGUUGGCAAUUACCUUCAUGCAGGACAACAGCUAUCCUGGCUUGCUAAUGGUUACUUCAUCACAUCCACAGUUGGGCAGCUCUUGUACGGCCGCCUCUCGGACAUAUGGUCGCGUAAGGUGAUCCUAAUGGUCGGACUGGCCAUCUUCGGCCUCGGAUCGCUGGCAUCCUCUCUGGCGCAGACGGCUACCCAACUCAUCAUUUUCCGUUGUUUUACGGGCCUGGGCGGUGGCGGACUCAUGACAGUUGCCCAGAUGAUCGUCAGCGAUGUGGCGACCCUCCUACUAACACCUCAGUUCCUUCAGGGCGCCGUCACUGCACUAGCCAACGGAAUAGGUCCCGUCAUCGGCGGCACCCUAUCCUCCAAAGGGGGCGACUCAUGGCGCUGGAUCUUUCGCCUCAAUCUGCCCCUGACGGCACUGUCUGCAGUAUGCGCCCUGUUUUUCAUGCCACUCAGGAAGGUCACUGGGGACUGGAAAUUGAAGACACGAGCCAUCGACUUCGUAGGCAUCUUGCUUGCAUUGGCAGGCACCACUAGCUUAAUGCUCGGUUUGACUUGGGGUGGCGGCGAGUAUCCCUGGGCUUCUGCAGCCGUCCUUACUACCCUCCUCGUGGGUUUCUUCAUCUGCGUCGUCUUUGUCUUGUGGCAGUGGAAGGGGCCGAGAUACCCGCUCGUACCUCUGGACAUCUUUCGAGCUCGCAUGACCAUCGGAGCAUGCAUCACCAUGGCUAUUAACGGGUGGAACUUCGUCGUUCAGGUCUACUACAUUCCCACCUUCUACCAGUUUGUCUACAACUAUGGGGCGACUAGAUCCGGUGUCAUGCUGCUUCCCAUCACCCUCGUGCAGACUGCGAGUAGUACCCUCUCCGGACUCAUAGUCCACUGGGUGGGACGUUACCGCGAGUGCAUCUUAUUCGGGUGGCUCUGCUGGUCGGUCGGUCUAGGCCUCAUGUCCACCCUCGACGAGACCUCUGGUCUAGGAAAGCAGAUCGGCUAUUCCCUGCUCAUUGGUGUGGGUGUGGGAAAUACUCUUCAGCCGGCUCUGGUCGCCAUCCAAGCAGGUGUUCCAAGAAAGGACAUGGCCGUUGUCACAUCAUUCCGCAACUUUGUGAGGAACUUGGGGGCUACAUUUGGGCUUGCCAUUUGCGGCACAAUUUUGAACAACAUCGUCAAGAGCUCGGUCAAUGGUCUGGAUCUGGGUGUGGAACAACGCGAUUCCCUUCUCAGUAACCCACAGCAGUACAUAUCGUCACUUUCUGAUGAAGAUGCGCAACGUAUCAGAGCCGUUCUCGCGCCCGCAUACCAGAAGUCUUUCAAGGUCAUCUUUGAGCUUGGUUCUGGCUUAGCAGCAGCAGCGUUCAUCGUAGCAUGGUUCUUGAUGCCGCACAUUGACUUGUCCCGCACCGACGAUCACAAGUUGAAAGAGGAGGGUCAUCAGGCGCAACUGAAAGAAAACGCUGACGCCGCAGAGAAGUCUCCGUGA